CCCACAGAUUAACUUGUCCUACACAAUACUUGUAUUUUAAUAUUCAUCUAAUAUCAACAUCAACAACAUUGUACCGUCGACCUCACGGCAGCCAUCUUAGCUGUGCCAACGGCUAUCACAACCGUACACCAGGAAGUGUCCGAUCUAUCCGAUGUACUUCUGCUCUCGGGUCAACUCUUUCAGUCAAACUACCUUCAAAAAGCGGCAAGAGGAAAAUUCCUGUGAGUGCCUGUUGAGACCACCCAGUACACCAGGAUGGACUCUGAGAUUUUGAACAUAGAGGAGAUAGUGAUGGGACGGGGAUUGCCAGAUCCACCUCCACAAGCUCCCCCUGAAAAGCCAGCAGAACCAUACAAACCCAUCACUCUGAAUGGACCUCCUGCACCGUCCGUUCAACCCUACCAGCAUGAAAAUCUGCAGUGUUUCCAGUGCUUCAUCACGUUCUGCAGUGCCAAAGCCAAGGAGAGGCAUAUGAAGAAAAGCCACCGGGAAGAAUAUAAGCAACAGCUUCAGCAGGGAAACACAUUGUUCACCUGCUAUGUGUGUGACCGCACAUUUCUGUCGUCUGAGGAGCUGACACAGCACCAGCCAACACACAGCAAGGACGACAAGCCCUUCAAAUGUGUUCACUGCAAGGAGAGCUUUAAGACGUUUUCUGAACUCACAACUCAUAGAAGACAGGUGUGUCCAGAGAGACAGUUUGUAUGUAAAGAUUGCAGUGAAACCUUCAGGAGUGCUGGACUGCUGCGUACUCAUCGCCUGACCCAGCAUCCCCGCCCAGAAGUAGAGACUGCAGAACAGCCAGAGGAUCCUACCAAAACCCACCGCUGUAAGAAGUGUGGUCAGGGCUUUGACACAGAACCAGAGUUGACAGCACACCAGCAGAAAUACCCUGAAGGUCAACAAUGUAACGGCAGCGCUUCAUCCGUCAAGAAACGUGGACGCCCCUCCAAACCUGAAGACGCGGCAGCUGCCGAGAAAAAGGGAAAACGAAAAAAGAAGGAUGAUGGGGAAGCACCCGAGGAGGAGGUGAAAAACAGCACAUCAGAGUCGGCAGCGCCCCCAGCAGAGGAAAAGGGAAAAGCAGCUGGAGCAAAGCGUGGCCGUCCUUCUAAAGCAGCAGCAAAAUCAGAAACGGAAGAUAAGAAGAGUCCUGAGGAUGACAGUCAGUCUCCAGCAAAGGAGAAGAAACCUAAAGCAGAUGUUGCUCCGGCCCGUCAGCUCCCCUGUCCCGAAUGUGACCUCACAUUCACCGGCUUGAUUCAGCUCCGCGCCCACAAGAAGGAGAAACACACCCCACGGAAAGCCCAUCCCUGCGAAGAAUGUGAGGAGAGCUUUGCCCGUCCUGAGCAGCUGGACGCCCACAUGUCGCGGGCUCAUGCCGUGGGCCGCUUUGCCUGUCCAACCUGCGGGAAGAGCUUCGGCCGUGAGCGCACCUUGAAAGCUCACCAGAAAAGUCACCCAGACGAAAAGCCUGAAAAUCCAAGUGCAAAGAGAUAAUUGGGACAUUGGGACCUUGCAGAAAGUGUAUGAUUUUUGAAGAUUUUAGUCAGGAAUUGUCCUUUUUUUUUUUUUCGUUUAACGUCGGAGAUCUGGCGCUACAGCUGAUGGUUUCGGAUGAAGUUGGCUUGAGAAUGACAUUUUAGCAGGUUUUGGAUUUUAAGUUUGAUUAUGAACUGUUGAAAUUUUGGACAAACAGACACAUCUCCUAAAUUGACUAACCAAAUGUCUAUUAUACCCUUUGCCACAAAACAUAGUUUAUUUGUAAAAACUAAAUUUUGCUUAACUUUUUUUAAAUGAUUUGUUUCAGUUUUGGGUUGUUUUUUUUUUAAGCGUGAAAUGCGUGUGGUGUGAAUUUAUUACUUUGUGUCUUGAGUUGUUUAACUCACUUUGUGGUUAAAAAAGUUUUUGUUUUUUUUCCUCUUUUUUAAAAAAUUUUCUUUAAGCAAAACAAAUUGGGUAAGUGCAUAUUUUGAAGCAAAUUAGAUGCCUAGUAGAGAUACUAUGUUUGAAUGUUUAGACAGUUUGUCAAAAGAAAUGUGUUAUGUACAGCUUCUGGUUCAUAUUGUGCAUUUUUUACUCUUAAUAUUUUUGAUUAUGUUCCUUUCUAAAUUAAGUGUCAAUGAGAAAGAAUUUUAAAAUAACCUGUUCUGCUGAAAUUAAUUUAAUUUGGCUUAGUGCUCCAGAUUCAAUGUGGACUGUUUGGUGCGUGGGCGGAAAUGAUCCACUAUAAUCCUGAAUUGUUGACAGUAAAAAUCACUCCUUUUAAUUUUUCACUGAAUAGAACAAUGUUUAAUGUCUUAGACAUUUCUUAAAUGGAACUCAUGACUCUUCAAUGCCUUAGAGUCCCAUAAGGAACUGUGUAUUUCAUGUAUUUUUCACUGAUUGGAUUGUUUCUCUCCCCCACUGCAAUGUGUCUGGACACUGCAAAAAUGUAAUAAAACAUGCUAUCCUGAGGGAGGCUGCUGAAGAAA